AUGACUUGUGUUAUCAAUCCAGAGCUUCUACCACAGCCGGAGGCUGAUCUGGCCCCGACACCGUCGAUGAGUGACGCUGAGAGCGUGAAUGCACCACAGGAGCUCAACACUCUACAUCCCCACAAAAGCUCAGUUCAUGCCAAUUCCACGAGAAUUCUAUAUGAUCCGGAGCUGAUUGCUGAUGACAGCGACACAGACGAUGACGAAAACGUCGCGGAUGUACCUGGUCCGCUGCUGACUAGUUCUCAAAGGAAACAGGCACAAAAUGCCGUGUUCGAAGAUUAUGUCCGUGGAAAAGAUGAGUCUCAAUUACAGGAGAGGUUGCAAGGAGAGGAGGACUCCAUGCACUCAGUCGACGAGAUCAAUAUACUAGCAUGUGCCAACGGUCGGAGAAUUAUUGACCAUGUCAGAGAUUACCAAAGUGAACUCUUCGCUCGAGCCAAGGCCGGAAAUAUCAUCGCAGUCCUUGACACAGGCUCUGGAAAGACACUCAUAGCUGCUCUUCUGCUUAGAGAGACAACGCCCAGUGUUGCUCUUACAGAGCAGCAACAUCGAGUGCUUUGUGAAAAUCUGACGGCAAUGCCAGCAUUAGUUCAUGGCAGAAAAUUCGACAGCUGGAGCCAACAAGAAUGGAACGGAUUGCUUAACACUCAUCAAGUCAUUGUCUGCACGGCAGCCAUCCUAGAUCAAUGCCUCAAUCAUGUUUAUAUCAAGAUGGAAGACAUUAACCUUAUCAUAUUCGAUGAAGCGCAUCAUGCAAAGAAAGAUCAUCCAUACGCCACGAUAAUCAGAGAUCACUACUUUAAGCCCAGCAGCCCAUCUUUGCGACCCAAGAUAUUCGGCAUGACAGCAAGUCCAGUCGAUGGAAAGAAGGACGUUCUACAAGCUGCACGCCUGCUCGAGCGCCUUCUACAAGCAAAAAUUGUGACCACAAAAAGUCUAUCACUCGAUACUUAUGCGCCAAAGGCAACAGUGCUGGAGUGGGAGUACGACAGACUGUUGGAACCCUUCGAAACGCCUCUCUUUGGGCAGCUGAAAUUUUGCGAGGAUGUGUCAGCUUUCGACGUCGAAUUCAAACAAGCAAAAGCUAUCAGUGCAGCGCUUGGCGCUUGGUCCGCGGACCAGGUAUGGAAAUAUGCUUUUGAGGAGCAACACCUCCAUACGAUCUUACGGAAAUACGAAAGGUUCGAAUCUCCUCGUGGCGGAGUGGCGGGUUUAGACAAGGCUACAGGUCUCCGAAAACUGAAGCGAGCUGAGGAGAUGAUCAGACUUCAUCACUUUGCUGAGCCUGCAGCAACUCGUGACUUUUUGAGUUCAAAAGUACUUCUUUUAUACCACAAGCUAUGUGAGUAUUUCGGAGGAAACGAAAACACAAGAUGUCUCGUCUUUGUAGAUGAAAGAAUCACUGCUCGGGUCCUCCAUGAUCUUUUUCGACGUCUAGAUGUCCCAAACCUUCGACCAGAUAAGUUUCUAGGGAUUGGGGGCAACAAAUCCGGGCAAGCAGGUGUUACCGGUCCACAGAUUCGAGACCUAAAAGCGAGAUUCGAAAGUGGCAUUGUCAACUGCCUCUUCUGUACCUCUGUUGCUGAGGAAGGUAUUGAUAGCCCCGAGUGUAAUCUUGUUAUCAGGUUUGACCUCUACAAAACCAUGAUUCAGUACGUGCAGAGCAGGGGUCGAGCUCGCGCUAAGGGUUCAAUCUACGGCCAGAUGGUAGAAAGAGGGAAUGCAUCUGACAGGGUGAAAAUCGAAGAUGCGCAUUAUCAUGAAUUACAGCUCCGGCGCUUCUUAUCCGACAUGGACGAAGAUCGCUUCUUGGAGAAUGAGCUUCUCAGCGUUCAUGGAGCUUUCAGCAAACAGAGACCGAAUAAGACGUUCGAAACAGGUGCUGGAACACUGUGCAAUUACAGAACAAGUAUCCUAUACCUCGAUCGAUAUGCAAGUUCUUUGCAGUACGAAAAUCCAGGCAUGUCUCGAGUGAUGUAUGAAGCUGAGAUCGCGGGAGGCAUGUUCAGGUUUAAGACCAUCUUGCCCGAUGGUUCUCCAAUCAAAGGGGUGACCGGAGAAGCGUUCCCAAAAAAGACCAGUGCUAAACAGUCGGCAGCAUGGGAGACAUGCUAUGCACUUCGAGCUAGAGGUCUGCUUGACGACAAUCUCAACUCAAUUUUCUUGAGGCAGCGUCCCAAGAACGCUAAUGCUAGACUUGCCCUGUCAGCGGCUAAGAAAGACGAGUACGAAAUGCUCGUCAAGCCCGGGUUCUGGACGUCAAAGUGUGGUCAAGUGCCAGAUAUGUUGUUUGCAACAGUAAUCUACCUUGUCCCAUUGGCUAGCUUAAGACGACCGCAUGAUCCACUGGUCCUGCUUACCAGAUCUGCAUUGCCUCCUGUCCCCAAUUUCCCAGUGUAUUUGGAUGGCAACAUCCAGACAGAGGUUGCAUUCUCCCAUGAGACGGGUCCCUUUGCUGUCGACGAUACGAUGUUGUUGUGUUUGAAACAAUUCACCCUUCAAGCGUUUCACGACCUGUUCAACAAGGAAUAUGAGGCUGAAGAUGCUCAAAUGCCAUACUGGCUAGCACCCACGAAAUGGCGACCAGGCGAUAUCGUGCCGCCGGAUCUGAAGGAACUUGUCGAUCUAGACGGCUCGAAUGAUCUGAAACCAAUCCAAUGGUCCCGAGGCUCAGAUCCAAAUUCUUGGCGCGACCAGUUCUUGAUAGACAAAUGGAGUGGGAAAUAUCGUUAUUGGUCUAGAGCUGUGCUGCCGGAUCUAAACAUCAAUUCUCAAGUGCCCAAUGACGUGCCGGAUCGACGGUAUAAGGGCGCAAAAACGGAGAAGAUCUUGGAAUACACCUUGAGCCUUUACGGAAGUUCAAAGGUGAGGUUCUUAGGCGACUGCGACCCAUCACAGCCUGUCCUUGGAGCAGAGCUUGUGCAGAUCAGGCGAAAUUUCUUGGAUAAAGCCGAAUCGAAGGAGUUUGUAGAGUACACGCGGGAGUACUAUAUCUGCCCAGAACCUCUAACCAUUUCCAAACUUCCGCAUGGCUUUAUUGCUACUGCAUUAGUGUUUCCAGCUAUCAUGAGCCGUUUGGACUCGUAUCUCAUUGCAACUGAAGCGUGCCAGAAGCUUGAUCUCGAUGUAGCACCAGAGCUGGCGUUAGAAGCAAUGACGAAAGACUCUGACAACACCGAGGAACAUCGCGAACAGCAGAUACACUUUCAGCGCGGCAUGGGAAAGAAUUAUGAGCGACUCGAAUUCUUGGGAGACUCAUUCUUGAAGAUGACGACCACGAUUAUGGUGUUCAUACGCUAUCCCAAGUCUGACGAACUUGGCUUUCACGUUAAGCGGAUGGAGAUGAUCUGCAACUUGAACCUGUUCAACGUAGCAGUGGAUCCGAGUCUAGGUCUUACUCAACACGUGCGCACGAAAGGGUUCAACAGGCACUACUGGUACCCUGAAGGCCUCAUUCUUCGAAGUGGCAGAGGCGCGCCACAAGCCAAUAUGAAGCCUGUCAAGCACGAAACUCCGAAGCAUGCUCUUGCUCAAAAAACAAUUGCAGAUGUAUCUGAGGCGUUGAUAGGUGCUGCUCUGCUUUCAUCAAAAGGACCCAACAACUAUGAGAUGGCCAUCCGCGCCGUCACUAAGCUUGUCAAUUCUAAAGACCACGACAUCCAAAGUUGGUCUGACUACUCUCGCCUAUAUGAGCCUCCGGCAUGGUCGACCAACACUAGUCCAGAUGGAUUCACACAUGGUGUCGACAGCGCGGCCUCGAAAAUCCAGAGAAGAAUGGGCUACACAUUUCGACACCCCCGACUCCUCCGCUCCGCCAUGACUCACCCGUCUUACACUGACUCCAUAGUGCCCGACUACCAACGUCUAGAGUUCCUUGGCGACUCUAUCCUUGACAUGGUGUGCAUCCGCAGUCUCUACGACCGCUUCCCCGACCGCGACCCGCAGUGGCUUACCGAGCAUAAGAUGGCGAUGGUGUCCAACAAAUUCCUCGGCGCCGUCGCUGUUGACCUCGAUUUCGACAAGUACCUCUACUACAGCGGCGUGCACAUACCGCAACAGAUUCAUCAAUACGCCUUCAAGAUCCGCGAUAAGCUCGCCGAAGCGAAGCGGAACAAUCAGAUUGAUUUUUGGACUGAGAUCGAAGAUGCCCCGAAAUGUCUCUCCGAUACCGUGGAAUCGUAUAUCGGUGCCGUGUUUGUGGAUUCCGACUUCGAUUACCGCGAGGUGGAGAAAUUCUUCGAGAGGCACAUCUCUUGGUAUUUCUCGGAUAUGGCCGUGUAUGAUAGUUUCGCCAAUAAACACCCCACCACCGAAUUACACAAUAUCCUCACGAAGCAGUACAGGUGCCAGCAGUACCGGGUUUUGAUUUCUAACCCUGCGUCCGAGUCGACCAGCCUCCCAGCGACGAAGGCGGCACCCAAGAUCACGGCAGGGGUUGUGAUUCAUAAUGUGGUGCUUAGUGAUGCGGUGGGGACUAGUAGUCGGUAUGCUAAGGUCAGGGCGAGUAAGAACGCGUUGCAGUUACUUAGGGGGAUGUCGAAGGUGGAGUUUAAAGAGAAAUUCAGGUGUGGGUGUCGCGAUGAUUAUGUUACCGGAGUAGGAGGAGCAGAGGUGCCAGUUGGUGGUGGGGAAGAGGUGUCUGCACUGUGA